CCGACGACUCUUCCCUUCCACACCACCGUGCGGCUGCCGCUCCUCGCCUCGUCCCCAUCUCGCCGAAGACCCCACGGCCGCGGCAGGUCCCGGUCCUCGCCUCGCCCAUUUCAGGCCGACUGGUCGACGGGGAGCGAGAUGAAGCCGUACAGGACCAGACGACCCCACAGCCCGACGGUACUGGCGGAGGCGGUCGGCGAUGGAGGGAAGCAGCCGCCGCCCCGGCAGCGCGAGGGCGUCGCUCAAGGUGGUGCUGCUCCACGGCAGCCUCGACAUCUGGGUGCGCGACGCGGGGGGCCUCCCCGACAUGGGCGUGCUCUACAAGAAGUUCGGCGACCUCCUCGGCCGGCGCCUCGUCGGCUCCGUCGCCGACAUGGUGCCCAGCGCCUCGAUGACGAGCGACCCGUACGUCACCGUCCAGGUCUCCGCCGCCACCGUCGCCCGCACCUACGUCGUGCCCAACAGCGAGGACCCCGUGUGGGCGCAGAACUUCGUGGUGCCCGUCGGCCACGAGGCGGCCGAGGUCCAGUUCGCCGUCAAGGACAGCGACGUCUUCGGCAGCCAGUUCAUCGGCGCUGCGGCCAUCCCCGCCGAGCAGCUCCUCUGCGGGGACAAGAUCGAGGGCGCCUAUCCUCUGCUGGAUCCCAAUGGCAAGCCGUGCGCUCCGGGCGCAGUGCUGCGGCUCUCCAUACAGUACACCCCGGUGGCUCGCCUCACAGCGUACCACUGUGGUGUCACUGCUGGGCCGGACAGCCAUGGGGUGCCAAAUGCAUACUUUCCUCUGCGCCGUGGCAUGAAGGUGACCCUCUACCAGGAUGCACAUGUGCCCGAGGGCUGUCUCCCGGACAUCCGGCUUGACAAUGGGCUGCAAUACCAACAUGGGCAAUGUUGGCGCGACAUGUACACCGCCAUAAUCCAGGCGCGGCGGCUGAUUUACGUCGCCGGGUGGUCGGUGUUCCACACCAUCCGCCUCGUAAGGGACGGGGCCGAGGAGGUGCCGUCACUUGGGGACCUGUUGAAGAUGAAGUCACAGGAAGGAGUGAGGGUGUUGCUUCUUGUAUGGGACGAUCCAACAUCGGAUACUAUUAUCGGCAGAACGGAUGGAUAUAUGCGAACACGAGAUGAGGAGACACGUAGAUUCUUCAAGCACUCUCCGGUUCAAAUAUUGCUUUGCCCAAGAUCUGCUGGGAAACGUCACAGCUGGGUGAAACAGAAGGAAACAGGAACAACAUAUAGUCAUCAUCAGAAAACAGUUAUCGUGGAUGCUGAUGCUGGCGGUAAUAGGAGAAAAAUAAUUGCUUUUAUUGGAGGCCUUGAUUUAUGUGGUGGACGCUACGAUAUACCUGGGCACCCUCUGUUUCGGACUCUUCAAACUUUGCACAAGGAGGAUUAUCACAAUCCAAACUUUGCUGCGGUUGAUGCUCGUGGCCCAAGGGAACCAUGGCAUGACUUGCAUUCGAAAAUCGACGGUCCAGCAGCUUAUGACGUUCUAAAGAAUUUUGAGGAGCGUUGGUUGAAGGCAUCGAAACGCCAUGGUAUUAAGAAAUUCGGAAAAUCAUAUGAUGACGCACUUCUCAGUAUUGAAAGAAUACCUGAUAUCAUAGACAUUAACGACACAUUAUAUUUUAGCGACAACGAUCCUGAGGCAUGGCAUGUUCAGGUGUUUCGAUCUAUUGAUUCCAACUCUGCCAAGGGAUUUCCAAAGGAUCCACGAGAAGCAACCAGAAAGAAUCUUGUUUGUGGAAAGAAUGUACUAAUUGAUAUGAGCAUACACACAGCUUAUGUGAAUGCCAUCCGGGCAGCCCAACACUUUAUUUAUAUUGAGAAUCAGUACUUCAUAGGUUCUUCAUUCGAUUGGGAUUCAAACAAAGAUAUUGGGGCUAACAAUCUAGUACCAAUUGAAAUUGCUCUCAAAAUUGCAACCAAAAUUAAGGUGAACGAAAGGUUCUCUGCAUACAUAGUGCUUCCUAUGUGGCCUGAGGGUAAACCAACUGGUCACAUAGCACAAAGAAUUCUGUACUGGCAGAACAAAACAAUGCAAAUGAUGUACGAGAUAAUAUAUAGAGCCUUGAAAGAAGCAGGUUUGGAUGAUGUAUAUGAGCCUCAGGAUUAUUUGGUCUUCUUUUGUCUUGGCAAUCGUGAAGCUUCUGACAGUCCUAGCGCUUCAAGCACAGCAGAUAGUCCUCAGGAACAAGCUAGGGAAAAUAGGAGGUUCAUGGUGUAUGUACAUUCAAAGGGCAUGAUUGUGGACGAUGAAUAUGUGAUAAUUGGAUCAGCUAAUAUCAACCAGAGGUCCAUGGAAGGAACCAGAGACACUGAGAUUGCUAUGGGAGCGUAUCAACCACAGUACACCUGGGCAAAUAAAAUUUCUGCCCCCCGUGGACAGGUUUAUGGGUACAGAAUGUCGCUCUGGGCCGAGCAUAUUGGAGCUAUCGAGGACGACUUCAACCAUCCAGAGAGCAUACAGUGCAUGAGGCGGGUUCGACAUCUCGGGGAACAUAACUGGGAUCAGUUCGCUGCCAAUGAGGUGACUGAGAUGAGAGGCCACCUCUUGAAGUACCCUGCAAGUGUUAACCGUGAAGGCAAGGUGAAACCUUUGCCAGGAUGCGCGACAUUCCCAGACAUGGGCGGGAACAUUUGUGGCUCUGUCCCCUUUACACUCAUCCAUGAUAACCUCACAAUAUGAAUUUGGUUGUGCAAGUACGUAUAGUUGCUAGUGAUUUCUGGGGUAGCCUGGACAAGUAAAAUGGCAAUUGUAUAUCUUGGAUGUUGUUAAGGACGAGCCGUGGGAAUUGUUAGUUAUGUUCUUCGAGUAGUAUGAUGUUAGUUGCCCAAAGCUAUGAUCCAAAUAAGUUAAGAUUUUUUUCAUACCAA